AUGAAUGCAAUGCACAACCUACGGGUGAUACGUGUCGACGGUUUACAGUGGGAUUGUUCGUUGCACAGCAAAAUACCAAACCUCUGUGUCGAAAUAUGUCACAGAAGUAUUCUUCGGAAGACACGCGCGAUCAAGGAUAAAUCUCACGUUUGGAACGAAACCUUGUCAUUCCCGGCAGCGGAUGCGUCCACUGUUGUUUCGGUCAAAGUUCUACAUAAAUCGACAAUUCCACUGCGAGAUGAUACUUGUAUCGGUUCAAUCAACAUAGAACUCAGCGAGUUAUCCAGAAGAUGUGUCAAUGGGCCGGCUCAUCUUCCCCUCGAUGCACAUGCGGGGAAGAAUUAUGGAAAGCCAACUGUGGUCGUUCAUCUGCUGAAUGCGACCAUCACAUCCGUGGAUCUCAGUCACGAUGUUAAUACUGCGAUUGAGGCAAUACAAGGGCUGGGCCACUCUACUGGGUCUGGUGACCUGGUAGAACAAAGUCUGUCAAUACUGGACGAAGAGAGGGAUCUGGGAAAGUCUAUUUUGGCGCUAGUUGAAAAGACAGGAGUACUCGUCAACAUCAUUGAUAAGUUAUCCACACUUCAUCCGUAUGUGAAUGUGGCUUGGCAGCUGGCAUCAGCAUUGUAUAAAGCGAUCUCCCAUCAGAUUGAGACGGACCAGAAGCUCGUCGGAGUCGUUCAUGCUAUGGAAGACGCAUUCAACUUCGUGACUGAUGCUGAUUCAUUACCUGAUAAGACUGAGAGGAGGCUGAAACACACUAUCGAGAGACUCUUACAACAGACUAUCGAAUGUUGUCGAUUUAUUCUCCAUUACACCAGUCGAAAUUUCCCCUUCAACCAACGUUCGAUGACAGCUAGAAUGCUUCAGAUGAGCAGACUUAAAAUUGACGAUUUCACCGAGCGCUUCCUUGACCUCAAGACGGCUCUGGACUUAGAUAUUGGGCUGCAUACUGCAUUUGUGUCCGCACGGAUAUCGGACGACGUUGAGGAUAUUUGUAUGCUCUGCCUUAUAACUGCGACGAUUAGUACUGAUACCUGGACUGGCUAG